AUGAGAAAAGAAAUUGAGGAGCUGAUAAAAGCAGGCUGCAUGAAACAACUGGUGGGGCGAAAGGAUUCAGAUGAAGCUAGAACUUCUAUAACGCGUGAUGAUGAAGGAAAGGAAAUUGAAGCUGCAGAAAAGACAGGGGAGAAAGGGGGAGAAAUUAAAGGGCGAAUCCAUUCCAUUUUUGGAGGAUUUCAUGGCGGCGGGGUAACAAAUUCAGCUUGUAAAUCGUAUGUUCAUUCUAUGAACGCAGUAUAUUCCAAUGAUUGGGGAAGUUGUGGAAUCAAUCAGCCCGACAUCACUUUCAAUGUUCGAGAUUUUGAAGGGGUUCAACCUCAUGAAGAUGAUACGAUUGUAGUAAUGCCGAAGAUUGUUGAUUAUGAUAUUGAAAGGGUAGUGUUAGAUCAAGGUAGCUCAACAGAUUUGAUUUAUGGUGACGCUUUUGAAAAACUUGGGCUGACAGAAUCUGAUUUGUUACCUUAUGAUGGGGCGUUGAUUGUAUUUUUUGGGGAAAAUGUAUUUGUUAGAGGUUAUGUGGAGCUAAGUACAAUUUUUGGUGAAGGUAAGAAUGCAGAGUCCUUCGCCAUCAAGAUUCUGGCGGUGAAGUGUACUUCGCCCUAUAAUGUACUCAUUGGAAGAUCGUCAUUGAAUAGGCUUGGGGCGAUCAUCUCAUCGAGGCAUUUAACGACUAAGUAUCCUUUGAGUAAAGGGGGCGUAGGGAUUUUAAAGGCUGAUCAAGUUGUAGCCCGAAAGUGUUAUUCAGUAAGCUUCAAGCAGUAUGGUCACAUGGGAAAGAAGGUAGUAAAAGAAGGGCAUCGUGUGUAUGAAGUCAAUAUAGAUCAGACUGGAGUUAAUUUGGACCCUCGAGAUGGAUCCUAUAUCACAAGAUGA